UCUGUGGAUUAAAGGUACUGAAUUUCGGAACGUUUGUUUUUAGUUUUUCUGUAGCAAUGGCGACAGCGAUUGUUAGUUCGGCUCGCCAGGUGGGGAGGCUAACUAAUGCUGCUCGCAGGCUUUAUUCGGAUGUUUAUCCUAAGAUAACCACUCAUUAUACUGUGCACCCUAGAGAUAAGGAUCCAAGAUGGAAAGAUGUCAACAUGGAGCGCAUGGCAGAGGAGACAGAUAUUCUCAUCAUUGGCGGUGGACCCGCCGGCAUGGCUGCGGCCAUCAGAGCCAGACAAAUAGCUGAGGAAAAGGGGGCUGAAAUCAGAGUGACACUACUGGAGAAAGCCGCAGAAGCGGGUGGUCACAUUCUAUCUGGAGCAUGCGUUGACCCAAUAGCUUUAAAUGAAUUAAUCCCUGACUGGAAGGACAAAGGAGCACCCUUGAACACCCCUGUAAAGUCCGAUAAGUUUGGCUUGCUCACUAAAAGUGGAAGGAUUCCUAUACCUGUGUUUCCUGGUUUACCAAAUUAUAACCAUGGUUACUAUGUAGUAAGACUAGGACAUCUUGUGAGAUGGCUUGCGGAACAGGCAGAGGCAGUUGGUGCAGAGGUUUGGCCAGGAUGCGCCGGCGCAGAACUGCUGUAUCGUGAUGAUGGAUCGCUAAAGGGAGUUGCUACGGGCGAUGUUGGUAUUGCGAAAGACGGAAGCCCUAAAGACAUGUUCGAGAGGGGAAUGGAGUUCCAUUCCAAGAUUACGAUUUUUGCUGAAGGAUGUCAUGGACAUUUAACGAAGAUGGUGUCAAAGAAGUACAAUCUACGAGAAAAUAGCGAGCCUCAGUCUUAUGCUAUUGGAUUGAAAGAGCUGUGGGAAGUUAAACCAGAGAAUCACAAACCUGGUCUAGUAGAACACACAAUCGGUUGGCCUCUGGACAGAAACACCUAUGGAGGCUCAUUCAUAUAUCACCUGAAUGAAAGCGAAGCUCCACUAGUGGCCGUGGGCUUUGUAGUGGGACUGGACUAUAGCAACCCAUACCUCAGUCCGUUCAGAGAGCUCCAGAGAUUUAAACUGCAUCCAUAUGUGAAGCCUAUGUUUGAAGGUGGUAGUCGCAUAGCCUACGGCGCUAGAGCGCUAGUGGAGGGGGGGUGGCAGUGCCUCCCCAACCCGGUGUUCCCCGGGGGGUGUCUCGCCGGCGACACCGCGGGCUUCCUCAACGUGCCCCGGAUAAAGGGCACACAUAAUGCUAUGAAGAGUGGUAUGCUGGCAGCCGAGAGUGCUAUGGAGUUAAUAUUGUCAGGAGAAGCAUCCCAUGAGAAGGGAGUCACACCAACACUAUAUGAGGAUAAAUUAAAGGAGUCCUAUGUUUAUAAGGAAUUGAAGCAAGUGCGCAAUUGCCGGCCGUCGUUCCACACAUCGCUGGGUCUGUACGGUGGUGUCGCUUACUCAGCGUUUUCCACACUCGUCCGGGGAAAGGAACCCUGGACAUUCAGUCACGGAGGUGCUGACUACUCAAAGUUGAAGCCAGCGAAGGAAAGCAAGCCCAUUGAAUAUCCCAAACCAGAUGGUGUUAUUACGUUUGAUUUGCUCUCGUCUGUGGCUUUAACAGGCACGAACCACGAAGCGGACCAGCCGGCACAUCUCACGCUGCAGGACGACUCGGUUCCGGUUAAGAAAAAUCUCAACAUUUACGAUGGUCCAGAGGCGAGAUUCUGUCCAGCUGGUGUAUACGAGUAUGUACCUAUGGAGUCUGGUGACGGCCAGAGGUUGCAGAUUAAUGCUCAAAACUGCAUACAUUGUAAGACAUGCGAUAUCAAGGAUCCGUCACAGAACAUCAACUGGGUUGUACCUGAAGGUGGCGGUGGCCCAGCUUACAAUGGAAUGUAGAUAAUUAUACAAAAA